AUGGGUAAUCCAAAGCUCAAAAAGACAUCGUUUGACUAUUUUAUUUAUGCAUUUUAUCAAACUGCACGUGCUAUAGUCAGAUUGUCAUCGAGCGAUGCAUUGACCAUUGAAAUGCGUGUUGGUGAUUUUCAAUCAGUUUUGGACAAUGUACGUGACAACAAGGAAGAAAGAAAGGCUCGUGGAAUGGCUGUUGAAUACGAUAGUAUUGACCUUAGCAACGUACCUGAUUACACUGGAUUCUUGAAUGAAUUUUCAGAAUCGAUUGAAAUGUUAAAACCAGUCAAACAUUCAUACAUUGGAUUCAGUGUUUUUCUCAACGUUGUAGUUUGGAAAUCACUCAACGAUGUCAUCCACUCUUAUCUCCUCGUGCCAGGUGAAAACGCAUUACCAAGAUACUUGGGUGUCAAAUCGGUCGGUGAAGAUGAUUUGUGGGAAGGCUUCCGAUUCUCUCGAAUUGAAGGACCCAUCCCAUUGGAUCAAUUACUCGGUCGUGAUGAAUUAAUUGCUUGGCUGUCUAGAUUAUUCGUCACUAUUGUCACUCCAUCGGCUGUCGAACCUGGUACAUUCCCUAUUCACAGUCCCAACAAUAUAACAAUGUUUUUCAAACUCCUUGGUCGUCUGCUUCGUAUUGGAUACCCAACACAUUGGAUCACUGGUGUAGUCGAAUUAUUAUUAAGUGGAUCAUUAACAACUGUUGAACCAACUCGUAAAAACAGAAUGAUACCUCUAUCUCGUGUAGCUCCUCCUCUUUUAAAAAUGUUAUCAAUCACACCAUGGUUGAUUGAAAUUCGUACACAAGCUGCAUUGUGGAUGGACAAGUAUCAAAUUAGAUUGUUGGCAGGAAGUAUAAUUCCUAGUGUGUCUGAUAUCAAGAGAUAUGAUAUUUCAAUCAGAGGAACUAGGUCAUACUCUGGUCCACCAUUCUCAUCGGUCAUCAUGAUGGCCAUUGAAUAUCCAUCCAAUCAAAUCUUCUCGCCUUCAAACGGUGCAGACGAUAACCUUAGAUUCCAACUUCUUGAUGCAACUCGCAACAAAACAACCAUUAUCACAACCAUCUUGUUUGAUGGAAAGACAGUAUCAUUUUGGAUGUCUGAAACAGAUUAUAACAAUCUAUUGUCUCAAAAUGUCACCAUUAAACUAUUUAGAAAUGAUACUUGGAAACCAUUUACUGAACCUAAAAGUUUACAAUAA